AUGGCUGAAGCCUCGACAACGCCUCCUUUACCCCCUUCACAGGCGAGUGUAGGUCACAUCAUCCCAAUACCUAUCAAGAUCUCUGGGGACGUCGACCAUGACACAUGGGGGAAAUGGUCCUCCUUCGACCCGACGAGGGCCGACAAUACGCCUUCACAAGCGGCGUCUGUUAUUGCCUUCCUUGUCGAAUACUACGCCAGGCAAAGCCUGACGGGGCGGGACUUAUGGUCGGAGUUUCAAUCAGACUUCGAGGCCUGGCCCGAAGAAGCCUUCAUCAAGACCCCUUCUUCGAUCAUGAGGAUCCUUCGUAACCAUCUUCGCGCCAACGGCGUAUACGUCAGGAUGGAUGGAAGUCGUAUCGUAAAGAACGUCAUCGACGUCAUCAGCCAAGAGAGAUUUCACGUAUGGACUCAGGCUGAGAUUGAUGAAGUCGCUGACAAGCACCGUUCCUUCAAAACCCUCCUCAACGACAAGACCUUCGCCGACGAUAUCCGGGGAGGCCAACCCAUCGUCACCAGUCAACCAAAUCCCUCACGCGAUCAUGACGAACCUCCUUCUCCGAUAAACCUAUCGACAAGUCCCCUCCUCCAUCAUCGUCGACAUGACCCUGCCCUCGACGAUCAGAUGCCUCCUUCGAAGCAGCUCACCGAUCUAACGAAGCUGUAUACGAACGAGAUGAAAUACGGCGGAGGGAUGUACGACGUCUUCGACUCGAAGAUGCUCAUCUUUCGUGACAACUGCCACAAGGCUGGUAUAACGCAGAGGCACUUCGCCGGCGCCUUCUCCAUCAUGCUCCGCGACAAGGCCUUGGCCUUCUAUUUCGAUCGCCUUUGUGAUGAUCAGGCCCCUGCUGAUUUUCACGCGAUGGCUUCUCGUGUGAAGUUACACUUCGAGACUGAGGAAAGCCGUCAGGCCUACCUCACCGAGUGGCGUAACACCACCUUCGACCGCGUUGCCAUCGACAACCCAGGCAAGUCGAAGAUGGAGGUGCUUGAGGUCAUGCUCGACAAGCUCAUCACCAUCCAACGGGCCCUUCCGACCGCGUACAAUACCGAAGAUUCUCUUCGGCUUCAAGUACUCAACGCCUGCCGCGGCGUCAAGGCCUGUGAGAUGGCUCUGUUCAGCCCAGCGCCCACAUACGAAGGGGUCUGCGGUCAACUCCGAUCGGCAAUUGGCACGUCGAUGGCAAUCGACGCCAGCCCUCACCACUUCACAAGUGACAUGCCCCCCGCCGACCGGGCUGCCGAAGGCCAAUACCUCACCGAUCGAAAGUUCAACGGCAACGGCAGAGACGCCCGAUUCGGACGCCCUCGAUCAUCAUUUCAUGGGGGCAAAAUGGGCAAUCGAGGCUCCCUUCCGACUGCGACGAAGAAGUGUUACGUCUGCAAGAAACAAGGUUGCUGGUCGACAAAGCAUACGGCAGAGGAAAGGCGCAAGGCGUACGCCGACUUCAAGAGCAACACCAACGUACGCGAUACCUCAAUCCCUGCUUAUAACCACUUCCUAGCGUUGCACGAAGGUAUUGAAGACUUUGACGCGCCAGACGAGCCUUUGGCGCAGUACCUUCAACCAACUGAGGCCAACGUCAGCGAUGACGAUGAAGGCGAAUCCUUCUUCACUUCGUUCUUCAACACCACCUCCGACGGCAGCCUCAUCACUGCGGCCCUGGCCGAUCGGUCAACUUUUCACGCGUUGACGAAGGACGACUAUCGCCAACAACGCAAGGGCUCCAACACCUUCACCCUUGAAGGCCGUUACGGCCCUUCAACCUUCCACGGCAUCAUGCCGGAUUCGGGCGCCGCAGGCUUCUCCACAGCAGGCCACCCUCAAUACCUUGCCCUUCAACGGGCCUUGCCAACCGUCACGAUGACAACUCCGCCGACUGAGGCCGUCGUUCGAUUCGGCAGUGGUGAUCCCCAUACAUCUAUGGGUAUUGUCACUGUCCCGACCCCGAUCGGCGAUAUCCCAUUUCACGUCGUCUCGUCGAAUACCCCCUUCUUUUUCUGCCUCGAGGAUAUGGAUCGACUUGGCCCCUUAUACGACAUUGCGGAGGGCGGCACCCACUGGUGGGCAGCGUACCAUGGCCAUCAUAAAGAGAAUCUCCAGAUGGAGACUUCGUCGUUCGACCCUUGCCUCCUGGUUUCCUCUGAUGAAAGCAACGAUUUCGGGAUCGUCGGUAUGCAGACUGACGAUACUCUCGGCCUGUCGGACGAAGCCUUCUCACGCAAGGAGGAAGAGCAACUCAAGAAGGCGGCCUUCACGGCGAAGGCAAAGGAGGUCCUCACCAUGUCUGACCCCCUCACCUUCAAUGGUGGCACUUUGAGCUUGACGGGCGGGAAUACCCUCACUCUUCGUCAGAAAGGGCAGGGCAACAAGCUUGCCCUUGUCCCGAUCGAUGGUCCCGACGCGAAGCAGAAAUACGUCGAGCAACGGGCCCGCGGCGCGUACAUUGCGUCGAUCUGCCAGCCUGAAGCCUGCUUCGACCUUUCGUCCGCAGCUCAACACCAAGACCCUUCGAUCGACGAUUACAAGAACCUCAACCGACGCCUUAAAUGGCAGAUGGACCACCUCGAUCGCGGCCUCACUUUCAUGCCUGUCAAUCUGCCCACCGCGAAGCUCUUCGUCUUCGUCGAUGGAUCCUUUGCAAACAACGUCGACCUCACAUCCCAGCUCGGAUUCAUCAUCGUCCUCGCCAACGAGAAGCAGGCAGAUGAAGAUACCUUCACGAUCACCGGAAAUAUCGUCCAUUUCUCCUCCACGAAGUCGAAACGCGUGACACGCAGCCUACUGGCCUCUGAGGUAUACGGUAUGGUCGCAGGCAUCGAUAUGGCCUACGCGAUCAGCACCACCUUGAGGAUGAUCACCGAUCGACUGAGUCUUCCUCCCAUCCCUACGAUCGUCUGUACUGACUCCUAUUCGUUAUACGAAUGCCUUGUGAAGCUGGGCACAACGAAGGAAAAGAGAUUGAUGAUCGACAUCAUGGCACUUCGGCAAUCGUACGAGCGACGCGAGCUCCACGAAGUACGAUGGAUCAACGGCAGCGACAAUCCCGCUGACGCCUUCACGAAGGCAUCACCGAACAUGGCCCUCGAGGGCCUCAUAAUCAACAACGAGAUCAACGUACGGAUGGAGGGAUGGGUCACACGAAGGUGA